AUUCAUCUUCUGGUCACAAAUUAUCAGUGUCGUCUACUACCAAGCUGUUAUACAAACCAUCGUAUCGAAGACUAUAUGUCUGACCCUCGCCCUGCAACAUCGACAUAGACAAUCGUUACUCAAACUCUUUUUUCAUUUGUUUCUCUCUCCUCUAAGCCAUGAGCCGUUCACCAUCACAAUAUGGGCCCAUCUCUCCUCGCCCGUCCGAGCCGUAUACUUCUUUGCUUCUUCCCUAUCAAAACGCCCCACGCUACGCACCACUCUCUCCACACGGGCUUCCGCGAAGUCCGUCAUCUUCCAGCGCCAGCAGCACGCCACACCGCUUCUUAUCUCCUCCUGUCUCACCGACAACCGUUGCCACGCCACCUAUCUCGCUAGUAUCAACAGCGACUAGCAACUCCCACGGGUGUCAGAUGUGUCAAGCCUGUAUGCGCUGUUCGGCGCCUGUUACACAUGAGACAAUGGUCAACCACAAUAAGGAAUCCCCAAUCACCCUGUUGGGACAAAAGAUAAAGCAAUGUCCAAAGACAUUAAGGAUGGCAUUUGUGGAACGUCGAGAUUCAUGGCGAAAGAGGAGCCAUGAAUUGAAAAGGCAGAGAGAAACAGAAGAAGUUAUCGAAAUCAAGCCUGUACAUUGGACAGAGCAGGAUUGAUUAGCAGGCGGGGUUUCAAAGUUUUUGGGCGAUAUGUUUUGUGAGCGUGGGGACUGAGUUUGUGGAAAUUGUCUGGAGGCUUACUGAGCGUUCUGUUUGCUGUAUGGCGUUGGAGGAUACAUGUCUUUCGUUUCCGCUAUAGAACCUGAGUGCGGUGGAUGUUCUACAGUUGGCUCCUGCCAUCUAUUUGUUCUGUUCUAUCCUAAUCUAGUCUAAUGCUCUAACGUCUAUGUGUCUUAAAGCACCACUUCUACUCUGACCCUCCUCA